UGGUAAGAGGAGGCUGUGUUGUGGAGCACAAACACUCAACAGUUCCUGAUAGAUGAGAGCGCAGACACUUGGCAGGAAGGAGAGACGGACAGACAAACACCAAGACUCAAGUCUACACCACUGCAGAGCAUUAACCACGGCCAUCGAACAUGAGCCUGACCACUGCAUGGGUUACACUGACCCUGUCGACUGUAGUAUUGGCUGCAGUGAAGGAGUUGUACAUACGCCCAAAUGACUCUGUGCCCCUGGCCUGUGAAUGUUCGGACAAGACAAUUCAAAAAAUCUUCUGGUACCGGACCCGCCAGAGUGACGAUGUCUACGAAUACAUAUCAUUUCACAAUGCUGCUGACCAUUCUAAUAUUACCAUAAAUAAAAAGCUCCUUGGCCGACUAGUUAGUCAGAAGUCGGGCCAGACCUACACCCUCACAGUCAAAGGCCUGCAAGUGGAGGAUGCUGGUUGGUACUCCUGUUUCUUCCUGUCCAAGACACAAACAGAGUUAAACAGUUAUUGGCUGCGAGUGGGGGAGGUGGCCCCCACACCAUCACAGCCUCCCAAGCCCAAGACGACCACCAAGAAAUCAAAAAGUUGCUGUUCCAGCAAGCGUCCUCCAGAAGGAAUUCAAGGCUGUGGGAAAUGGGUUCUCUGGCCACUCUCUGGAUGUCUCGUUGUUCUGGCCGUAUUUCUGGUUGCUGUCUUGUGUUAUUUCAACCGACUACCCAAGAAAUGCAGACACCAGUUUGUGAAGGGACAGCAGCUGAGAUAAGUGGACUGAAGUGUCAAUCAGAUUCUAAUGCCACAUUUCCCCUGCACUGGCUGAGUGCAUGUAUUGGAACCCUCUAUCCUAAUUUCUGAUAAAUAGUCUGAUUAAAUGUUAUAAAUCUACCUUUUGUGUGUAUUACAAACAUCACACUGCAUCUCUUUACUCAGUCUACAGUCUAUGUACUGUUCAGUUUUAUGUUUUUGUAUAAAUAUUGGCACUUGCUUAAUAAAACUAUCAAUGUAGAAAAUAA